AUGUCUUUGGACGAAGAACCAGACGGCUUCUCUCCCGAAGUGCCAUUGCUGUCAGAAGCCGAGGAAUUGUUUGAGCUUGCAAGAUUUACCAUUACGAGUCUGUUUCGAAUCGCGAUCAUGAUCCGCAAAUCGACUUCUACAGACAGAUUUGCCAAAGCGUCGCUCUCUAGGUAUGCUCAAAGCGAUCCGAGUUUCGAAAUAAAGCAUGUACUUGAGAAGUUCCCUCUUCUCAGUAACGCCAACAAGGAUUGGCUGAGCACACGCCUCGGUGUGGCCAACUCUCAGCGCAGAGGCUAUCUGAGCUAUGUCCGUGAUCAUCAGCGGAAGCUUGAGCUACCUCCCGAGAUAUCGGGCACGAACAAUGAAGAGGACACAUCGACGAUCCAGAUGACAGCAGCAUCAACCUUCCUAAAUCCCACGACUACAGCUACCGAGCCUCCAUCUGAUGACAAGUCAUCCGAGGCGUCAUCAGCCCUAUCUUCGCUCGGAUCUCGAGACGAUUCUUAUACUUAUCCUCCAACUCUGGCCGUUAUUUCCAACGGAUCUAUCGAGUUCGAAUGCCCGCUGUGUCAUCUAAUACAGAGAAAUCUUACCGAGAAAACAUGGCAAAAGCACCUGUAUAGAGACUUACGCCCUUACGUCUGCACCUUUGAAGACUGCGACCUCAAGCUGUUCCCGGAUCCCGCGUCUUGGAUGGCACAUGAAGCAGCAUAUCACCGAUCUCGGCGGCAGUGCCCGCUGUGUACAGGAGAAGAAUCCUUCGAUAUUGCCAAUCUUCGGACCCAUAUACAACUCCAUUUACCGAGUGCAACCAAUGAUCAGAUUGAAUCCCUUAGCGAAGCUGCAAGACAUGUCCAGCAUGUCUACCUCGCCUCUGAAUGUCCGUUUUGCGACAGCUGGGAGGUAAAGCUGAGAGACUCGGGAAAUGAGACUGUUUCUGAUGGACCUAUUCAAGUCACGUCAUCUCAGUACAAGAGACACGUUGGAUCUCACAUGCGACAACUUGCUCUCUUUGUCGUUCCCCGGGAAUACAUGCGGCUCGAUGAAGACUCCACCGCAGAGAGUGAGACUGAUGUUGGUGCUAACGCCCACAGCGAUGAUGAAGAACCCUCCUUACUUUCUUCGGUCGACCGAAUCCAUCAGGAAACGCUUUCUUCAUCUCUCCAGCAAGGAGAUCGGGAGGCAUCAGGCAGUCUUAUUCAUGAAUCGGACUCAAGCAAGACCACAUUCAUGUGUCCAGUGCGGGUACGAGAGCAAGAUCGUGGUGAUUCGGAGUUUUCUUGUGAAACCUCCACAUUCAACAACUUGGCAGAGGUUCGACGCCACAUGAAGCGCGCUCGCCAUGUAUCAUUCCUAGAAUUAUGCCCCACAUGUAACGAGCAUGUAGUUGACAAGACAGCUUUUGAGAUGUGGCAUGGCCGGAACUGUAACAAACCUUAUAUAACGGCGAUUGGACCGAAAGGGAAAGAGAAGCAAUGGCAGCAGCUUUAUGACUCCAUCAAUCCAAAGACAACGAAUGAAAUAACAUCUCAGACUACUCCGUUGGCCACUGGUCAUGAUCCAAGUCGCGGGACAAAUCCUGAUGCUGAUACCGAGGCUAAUAUGGAAAAAGUCUGGGAUAAGCACACGUCCGAUGAUCCAGCCCAGCUCCAUGAUAAGCGACCUGAGAACCCACCGUGA